UUCACUGGAUAUUUUUUUUUGUUUUUACUUUAAAAAAAAAAUUUAAUUUAAUGUCCAUAACGACAACAAUAUCAUCCAAUGUAUCAUAAACUUAUUAAUGAAGAUGAUGAUCAUGAUGCGACGACAAAUACUACCACCACCAAUUAUGAAUCAUUUGAAUUUAAAAAUCGUUCGACUAAAGAAUCACGAUCACGACAAUCAUCGAGGAAUGGUUCAAAUUCACCAUCAUAUGUGGAUCCAAAUCGUUAUGAUGUAAUUGAACAUAACAUACAACCGAAUGAUACAUUACAAGGUAUUGCUUUACGUUUCAAUUGUUCAAUUUCACAAUUACGUUUUUUGAAUCAUAUGAUGUCGGAUCAAGAUUUUUAUGUAUUAAAAGUGAUACGAAUACCUGUUAUUAAACAUGGUUUUCUAACCGAUUCAACUAAUGGUGAUCAACAACAACAACAACAACAAGAUGAUCAACGAACAUAUUUUGUUGAUGAUUUAGUUGAUGUUACACAGGAACCAUCGAAAACAUUGUCAACAAAAACAAAAGUGAUCAAUAUUGGCAUUUCGAAAUAUUUGACAAAUGAUGAUGAUAAUAAUGAAAAUUAUAAAAAAUUUUUAAAUAAUUUAUGUCAAGAUCUUGAAGAAAUAAGAAAAUUUAAUCAAAGUAAAAGUGAAGAAAAUAUUAUGGCCACUGAUGAUAAUAAUAGUAAUGAUGAUGAUGAUCAUAUAACCAUCGUAUCGGUUAAAUCAACAAAAACAUCUGCCCAUUGUGAUGGAUCAGAUUUGGGUAUUCAUUGGAAAUAUUUAAUCAUGAUUAUCAUUUUUAUUUGUCUACUAGUCCCAUUGUAUAUUCUGUAUAAUCUGGAGAAUCAUCAUCAUUGAUUGAUUGAUUUUUUU